AAUCCAAGAUGUGCUUUUUCUAUUUCAGUUUUUUCUUUUCUACUUUUACGUGACGUGGGAAAAGCCAAAGGUCGCGCGCGACUGUUUGCGCUUAUUUCCACGAUAAAGCAACGUACGUAUCCCAUAUACAGCGCAGGGCAAUAAAAUCGAGUGUACGUACAAUACAUAACGUAAAAUAUUGGACGAAAGUUACCGGGCGUGCUACUUUAUCCCCCGUUUAAUGAAAUUCACCGUUCACCCGAUAAUUUUCACCGCUCAAAGUUCGCGUGAACCGGAAAUUCCGAAAUUGAGGAUUUCUUCUCUAGAGCGCUGGUCCGGGUAUUGGGAUCUCAAAACUUUCGGAGAAGCACACAAUACGCCUUGCAGGCAUAAUAAUACGCCAUCGUGACGCCCACGUAAAGAAAAUGUUUCCACGAUCCCGCGACGGGGGAGGAAGGGGGUCGCCGAAAAGUCUUCGGUCUUUCAAAUCCUUAAAACCCAGUUCAACAUUGUUCGAGCGAAGCUGUAUUCUAUCUAUAUGUACAUCGGACGUAUAACCAGUGCAUUAGAGAUCAGUCAUUUUCCUCGGUAAAAUAACUGUUUGUCCAAGAUCGUUCUUCGUAUAUUUGCCAAGGUGGUAAUGGAACGUCGAAGUUACCGAAUAAAUUUCACAACUGUUGACUACGAACUUCUGAAAAUAAAAUAAAAGGCGAUAUGUCAAUAAAAACACGUCCAUAAACCCCGGAGGCGAUCGGAUUUCCGAAAGCAAUACCUGCCCACCCAUCCGUAUACGGGGGAAAAUCGUGGAGUAAAAAUGGCUCCGCGUAUACCUUCGGAUCCGUCAGGAAUUGAGCUUCGCUAUCGCUUCGAGUUUUAUUAUUCAUAACUCAGUGCAUACGGAUUUAGUAAAACUGCGAGCUGCGAAUUCGCGUAUACCUACGUAUCGAAACGUUGCGGACGUACAGAGCUCGCUCGUUUACCAAAUACGAAGCAGACUUGCACAAUGCCGCCAUUGUUUGCAGUGGCUGGUAACGACGUCGGAAAAAAUGAAGUCGCCCAUCUUUUCGCGUGUGCUUUAUCUGUUCGUAAGCAAAAAGUGAAACGUUGAUUUUUUCACUAUUCGAAAAUACGUCCGCUCUAACAAUUUUCAAAUCAGGUCGUCGCGUAUUACACACAUCUGAUUUGAUGCAAAUAUUACGAGUAGAGGCGAAGCUUUUAUCACAUACGUGCACACUCGCAUGGCGACGCAACGCGGAACCGUAUAAUAGAUUGGCAUUUUCGAAGGAGAUCCGAUCGAAUCGUCUUCCGCAAACAAAAGGAAUUCGAGAAUCAUCAUGAGACGACAAUCAUUCGCCUCCGGCAUGGGGAGCGGAAGCGGACCUGGUGAACCUCUAAUCGUAGUCGAGGAGAGCCUCCUGGGCGAAGAAGAGGCUGAACGUCGCAGAAACGAAUCUCCCCCUCGUUGCGUAGACCCCGAUUCUCCUUCCGUCAAUCCCUAUCUUCUAUCUCCUUGGCGAGAGACGCGAAAACAUUCUUUGCCUACGCCCCAAUGCACCUCGGGCAUCACGGCGUCUCAGGUUCGACGUCUCAGCGAACGUGGAGAGGGUUCCGGACCGACGCCCCGAGAGGCGGCCUUUCUCGCCACGUUAUCGCAAGCUCCGGCACCGCAACCUGGGGGACGCCGGCACUCCGUGGUUACAAUAUCCAAAGUAACUCCCUCACUUUUCGGACGAGACCGACGCGAGUCCAUCGCGGCAUUUCCCAUGGGCGCCACAAGAAUUCUUCCCAGCCGACGGGAUUCAACGUCCAGCAUGGGGGUUCCCCCCAGCAACAGCGGAAGCACGCACAAUCUUCAACUGGACAUCAUGGACGACAUCGCUGAUAAGAAACCGAAAAAAGUCCGUCUGACGAUGUGGAAAACCCCUUCCAGAGAACGAGUUUGCGAGGUUCAACCUCUCGAGGGUAGCACUUCACCCCAGAGAUACACCCAACAGCAGCGAAGAUACUCCGAUUUUUCCCUAAUCGGUGGAGGUUUUCCACCCCCGAGCGGUUCGAUCAGAAGACGUGCUUCCGAGAUGCCAAAAUUACCCGCGGCUUCGUCGUCGUCCGGAAUGACAGCGGCAGCAGGUAUUGUCUGUUCCAAUACCGAUUUAAUUUCAAUUUUAAGUUCGUUAACGUCGUCCGCGAGCGAAAUAAAUCGUUGCGGAGUAGAGGACGGGCCUUCGACCUCAAAAGCUGGUAGCGCUUCGGCCGGGGGUGCGGAAAAAGUAUUUCCCGAAGCGAGUACGUCGGCUAAGACGAUCGAGCAAAGACGAAAUCGUUUGAAAGGUUUUCGAUCAAACAGUUUCGACGUGUCUAUACUCCAUGGCACUGAUAACAAAAAUCCUGGAGCCACCUCGCCGAAAAAUUCCAACGCUCCCAACAGCUGGUUCAUAAAACGUCACCAACCGAUGUCAAAAAAACAAAAGAGCGAGGACGCCGCACCUAUGUCUUCGCUCACGUUCAAAGACGAGAAAUCGACUUUGAACAAAAUUUCCGAUCAGUUACAAAAUAAGUCAAAAGCACCGCUCGCGAAAGAACCCUCGGCCGGACCAGCGAAUCCCGGAACGAGACACAAAGUCGUGUGGGACGACAAAAGCGGCACACAAGUUGACGCCCAAGUUUUGGGGAGCGUAAUCGAAGAUUUUUUAACGUCUCAACGAGGCAGCGAAACCGAAACCCCUGCAAGUAGUUCGAAACCAGCCGGAGCAUCGUCCACCAAACCAAGGGCGAGUCCUAGCAAAGUUGCCACCUGGUUUUCAGGGACAAACAAAGAAGAAGAGCAGACGGAAAGCUGCGAAUCUUCGAUCUGUUCCACCCUUAAAGAUUUAUUCGUAAAAUAAGGGGAUGAAAUUCUCGAAUAAUCGUCACUGAGUGAGCCGAUCUUUUUCUAGAGUGUCUUCUUUGUUUCCGUCUCGGCGGUAAAGGACGACGUAAGUGAAGCAAAAGUUCGGGAGAAAGAAGCAUAGAAAUUACGAUAAGAGAAGAGGGACGGUACGGAUAGCGAACGGCAUAAAAAAAUCAAUCAUUCUGAGGCUGACAAAAUCGUAAAGACGAGUUGAAUCUAAAAUCUAAAAGUAAAUUACUCGGAACGAAUUGUCUGCAGAUAGGAUCAUCAAUUCUCGCAGACUCUAUCGGAUAUAAUUCGCGAAAUGGGAUGAGAAAAUCAGAGUAAAGAAGGAAAAUUCCGUAUACCAAACCGACCGUAAAUUUCACGAGGAUAAUAUAAUAAUCUGUUAGCCAACGAAAGGUGGAUAUAAUCCGGGAUAAGUAAGUACAUAAUACACGCGACUUUGUGGUGGAAUUAACUGUGUAUACUACAAUACCGAUUUGAGGAUGUAAAGAUUUAUCUUGUAACUCCAUUACAGCUGAAAAUUUGUUUUUUCUAACCGUUUUUUUACUCUUAAUCUCACAAAUUUCCCACCGUGCAAAUUCGAUAUCGGUGAAUAAGAGAAAAACAUCCGAAAAUCAGCUAUCGUAGCAUCAAACCCUAUCUCUCAAUGAUCAAACUAUCGUAUAGUCUGUUUGUAAUUACGGGCCCGUGAACUUCAGUAAUAUCGGAUAUUGUAAUUUACGAGGUAACGUCUGCUGCGGGUAUAAUUUUCUCGUUGACACACAUUGGGAACGUCGAUAAUGGCGAAAUACGAUAAGUUUCAAUCGCGUUGAUAGCGAGGUUGAUCGUCAAUUUCAGAGUACAUAUUAAAAAAACACAAUUUUGCAAAAUUUGUUUUUUUUUUUUUUUUAAUAUCAGCCAGAUGAAUAAAGAACUAAAAAAGCAAAUUUUUUUACACCGUUCGUGUACGUUGCUUAAACCGCAGUGGAAUGUUUUAAUGGCAGAGCCAUUUGUGCGUUGUUAAAAUGAACCGAACUGCAGUAGAAAUAACAUCGUGUGGUCAGCCUCGACCAGAACGAAAGCGCAGCGUUAACAUUUGACGGUUUUCACUUUACGCUACAUUUUCCAACAACGUUAUUGAUCACGGAAAAUUGGUGCAUAACAUAAUCGUUAGAAUUACGGCGAUGAUGACAACAUGACGAAUCAUUGCGUGUUGAAAUUCAAAAUACUGUAUGAUAAGUAUAAUAAUAGGGAUACACCUGUAUUACAUGUUACCCAAAAUUUAAAUCAACCUUUGCAGGCCGAAGGUGAAAAUAUUCUAUGAGAUUACCUGUGUGAUAUAAUAAGUUAUGUAAAUACACAUUAUAAUAUAAAGUCCUACAAAUCUAACUAAAUAUUUCAAAUGUUUGAAAAGGAAGAGAAAAAAAAAAAAUCUGUUACUGUAAUAUUGACGUAAACUCAUGUGACUUAAAUAACCAAUAAUUUUACGUAGAAAAUGUACGUUAUAAUACUUGAUAUGAAUAUAUUAUACACAUGGGAUAUAAAAAAAAAAAAAAUUUGAACAUGGAUUCUGGAGCGAUAAGAUAGGGAUAAUAAAAAAGGAAAAAAAGAGAAAAAGACAGGAGGCACAACGCAUGUAAAUCUAUAAAUCAAACUUUAUUCCCCUCCCCCGCCCCCAUAAAGAGGAGCGUUCGAUUAUCGGAGAUCGAUAUUGAUGUAUGUACUGCAAUAUUUCGCGCGUGAUAUGAAAAGCAUAAAGAAUUAUUUUAAGAUACAUUAUGGAUAUAAAACGCGUGCAGCUGCUAUACACAAAUCUAUCGUCAUCGUUGGAUAUUUAUAAUUUGAUAUAAAAUAUACAUUUUGAAUAUAUACAUACGUAUAUAAACGGAAAUAAUUAAUUGAGUAAAUUAAUAAAUCGCAAAAAUAUAUUCAAGGACCAUUCCGAAACUAUCUAUUUAUGGUAAAUGUUACAUAUAUGUGUACUUUCAUAUACAUAUAUACAAAUAGACAUUACAUGGACAAUCGAUUACAAAAUUACGAGUCAUAUAUUAUAUAUGUAACUUUUAUGUACCUCCUCUGGACGAGUGUAAUUAAUCAAUCAAUCAUCGGUACCUAUAUAUUGACUAUUAAUGUGUCUUAAUUUCCAGUUUUAAAAUACGUGUACCUAUAAGAUGUUAAUUAGUUAUUGUAUAAUUAAUGUAUAGCGAUAAGAUUAUAAAAAUUAAAUAAUGUUAUUAUUGUUGUAAUUAUGAUUAUUAUUAUUAUUAUUAUUAUAUCAAUUAUAACGCGUAAUCAUAAUACGAUUAAUAGUCCUACCAUCAUACAAGAAUGUACAUAGAUAAUUGACAUUAUUAUUAUUGAAUGUAUAUGCCUAGAUGUUCCUCGUCGCAAGUAAUUAAUUAAUCGAAUAAUCGAUUGAUUAUAUAUCACUUCACCUAAUAUUACUAAUAUGAUUGUUAUAUUAUUGAAAAUUAAAUGG